UAGUGUUUGAACAUGUCGUCCCGAUACGAUCGUGCUAUUACCGUCUUCUCGCCCGACGGCCACUUGCUCCAGGUGGAGUACGCACAGGAAGCGGUCCGCAAGGGAUCGACUGCAAUUGGUGUGCGCGGUAAGGAUGUUGUGGUGCUUGGCGUGGAAAAGAAAUCGGUCGCAAAGCUGCAGGAAGAGCGUACCGUCCGGAAGAUCUGUCUGCUCGAUCAUCACGUCGUGAUGGCGUUCGCAGGCCUAACAGCCGAUGCCCGUGUGCUGAUCAAUCGCGCCCAGGUACAGUGCCAGUCUCACAAACUCUCGGAGGAGGAUCCCGUUACGCUAGAGUACAUCACCCGGUACAUUGCCGAGCUGAAGCAGAAACACACGCAAAGCAACGGACGUCGCCCGUUCGGCAUUUCCUGCCUGAUCGGUGGCUUCGACUAUGACGGUGUGCCGCAUCUCUACAAAACCGAACCGUCCGGUGUGUACUGCGAGUGGAAAGCGAAUGCAACGGGCCGUUCGGCAAAGACGGUACGCGAGUUUCUCGAGGAGCACUAUUCGCCGGCCGCCGUCAGUACGGAGGAGGGUACGAUCACGCUAGCCAUACGGGCACUGCUCGAGGUGGUGCAGUCGGGACAGAAGAGCCUCGAGGUAGCAGUGAUGCGGCGUGACGAACCGAUGAAGAUGCUGGACGCGCAAACGAUUGAAGAGUACGUGAAAAAGAUCGAGCUAGCGAAGGAGGAAGAGGCGGAAAAGAAGAAGGCGAAGAAGUGAUUUAUCCUCGCGGUAUCGCGGU